AUGAAUCUUUCUGAUCCAAUUUUGGCACAUUUUUUUGAACAAGGAGUUGUUAAGCCGAAUAUCAUAGAUUUUUGGCCUGCUCACGUACGUAUAAUUAUGACGAGUAUUUUUGUUGUGCUGACUUUAAUUGGUGUUACUGGUAAUAUUAUGGUAAUAUUUGUCGUCUUCAAAGUACCACAUAUGAUCUCACCUACAAACUGCUAUUUGGUAUCACUAGCAGCCAGUGACUGUUUAUUUUUUCUAGUAACUACUCCCAGUGAACUUGGACAUUUACACUUUAAUGAUCAAUACAUAUAUGUAUUAAAUGGCCAAAUAACUAUUUCUAUUUACAUUUCCGAUUACAUAUUUGGCUCCAUUGGUUGUGCCUUAUUUUCUUACCUGCCUUAUUUGGCCAUUAAUACAUCUUCUACAUCUAUUGCUGCUUUUACAAUCGAACGAUAUAUCGGAAUUUGUUAUCCACUGAAAGCAAGGUAUAUUUGUACAGUUCGUCGAGCUCAACACAUAAUAUUAAUACUGUGGAGUUGCUGUGCAUUAUACAAUUCACCUUGGCUUUACCUUGCAGCUUUGCAAGAAAAAGGAGGCGAAUAUACAUGCAAUUUCAAACUUCAAAGAGAACAUUUAACUUACAAAGUGAUGUUUUUAAGUGAUCUGACUAUAUUUUAUGCAAUUCCAAUGAUUCUUUACAUUGUUUUGUACAGUCAUAUAGCCCUGACAUUACGACAAAGUUCUGCUAGCAUUAAAGAAGAUAAAAGACCUCUGAAAUCAGAAAUUAUUCUGUUAAUAAAAAUGCUAGCAAUAGUGGCUAUUGUAUUUGGUGCAUGUUGGCUACCUUAUCGUUUUAUGGUUACUUACAACUCAUUUGCUCAAGACAAAUGGGAUCCAGAUUGGUAUAUCUUCUUCUCGAAGACGUUGGUUUAUAUAAAUUGCGCAGUUAAUCCCAUUUUGUAUAAUGUAAUGUCAGUGCGAUUUCGAGAUGCAUUUCGGCAAUUAUUUCGCGGUCGUUCUACAGAAGGUUGUUUGAAAUUAACAUGA